GGGACGCGGUGGUCGACACAGUGGGCGGCCGUGGCCUGGUCACUGCCGGAGGGGCGGGGCGAGAGUCGGAGAUGGAAAGGGGUUGUCGCGUUGACAAGUGGGCGUGGCGAAUUUGCAAGGGGCGUGGUUAGUGGCUCACGCUGAGGUGGAGGUGGGGCACGGCGGCACGUGCGCAGUGGGCGAGUUUGGACCCGGGCAGCUGCUCGAGCGCGAUUCGGUUUACGUUUUGGCGCGCUUUUCCGUUGUGGCUUUGCAACAGCCGCUUAACUUGUGUCAAUUUCAGGGAAGCAAAAACCCUGUCCCUAUCUGCCCAAAUAUCCACUAAUCUCGCUAAUCCUGUGGAGAACCCACCCUCAUUUCGGUAAAAAUAUGCCCUUUUCUCUCCCCUUGGACUUCAAAAGAAGCUAUAUUCUUUUUCAAAAAUAAUAUUGCCACCAAAAUACAAUUGGAGAAGCCAGGGUUCUCCUCUCUCUCUCUCUCUCUCUCUUUGACAAACUAUCUCAAGGGAUGUCUCAGGUGAAUCACUUAUCCUGUGGAAAAUCUGCUCUGGGUUUAUAUAUGUUUUUAAGUGCUUUCAGGCAGUUAUGGAUUUUGUUUUGUUUUUGGGGGAAAAUAUGCUUUGUUACAAUUUGGCACCAGAGAAGAGUUCCGAACUUUUUCUUUAUGGCUAAUUUAACAAAACAAAACAAACGAUUGUUAUCAAACUUGGCAUUUUUACAGAUACAAACAAUCUCAAAAUUGCAACAGCUUUGGGCCUUUUUAAAAGGAGAUGGCUAAAUUAUUGUUACUUGGGUAGAAGUUGGGGCAGUUGUUUUUAAGUACUGUUAGUAUAAUAAUUUGAUAGUGUUAAAUACAUUUGAUUGUUGCUUGAAUAACAUUUUUAAGCAAGUGUUUUAGUCCCCUGAAAAACUGAUCUUUGGUGCAUUAAAAGUGGCUGCUGUGAUUUUUCAAACUAGUUAAUAAUUUCAUAGGUUUUGUAUUUCUCUUCAGAGGUAAAUUUUGUUUUGGUCUUUGAAGAACCAGAAAAGAAAAGGCAAUGUGUAAUUUUAAUAUUUUUGAUGUAUGUGUGUUUUUGUUGUGGUCUAACAUAAAAGAAGUCAGAUGCACUGAUUGAAUUCAGUAACCUUUUAAAGGUCACAUAUUCUGUCCUUGUGGAAAUAUUUCAAUUUAUUUCUUUGCUUAUAAUAAUGGUUUAAGAGGCAGAAUUAGCUGAAUCAGUGAACUCUGUUUUAUAGGCUGCCACACUAUAGCACCAUCACAUGGUGGGAUGUGUAAUUACAAUGUGACAUGUUUACAUCAGUCUUUAUCAUUGUAACUCUGGAAAUGAGAAUUUACGGUUUAUUAAGUGGGCAAGAACUUGCCUGAAUUCGGCAUGCAUAGACAAAAUAUGCACAAGGCUGAUAUUCUUUUUGGGGCAGCACAGUGGUUAGGACCCAUGCCUCACGAUGGCAGAGACCUGAGUUUGAUUCCACCUUGGGGCAACUACUUGGAGUUUGCAGGUUCUCCCAGUGUCUGUAUGCACAUUCUCCCUGUGUCUGCGUGGGUUUCCUCCGAGUCGUCCAGUUUCCUUCCAUAGUAUAAAGAUGUUCAGGUUGGAUGGAUUGGCCAUGGGAAAAUAACCUAUAGUGUCCAGGGAUGUGCAGGCUAGAUGGGUUAGCCAUGGGAAAUUCAGGUUUAUCAGGAUAGAAUAAGGGGUCAGUCCAGUUGGGAUGCUGUUGAAGGGUCGGUGUGAAAUCGCUUUGCCAAAUGGCCUGCUCCAGCAGUAUACACUAGCAUUGCUGUUCCUAAUAAUAUACACAUAGGUUAAUAUUCUCUCUUAAGAGGCUUAGGGAUUGCUAUUUUCUAUACAGUUUUUAAAAAACUUAUUAUUGCUAAAAUAUACAGGUCCUUUCUCCUAGAUCUUCAUCUGGUUAAUCUAGUCUAACCCUGACAGGAAAAUAAAAUUAUGUGCCUCCAAUAUUAACCAUGAAAUAAAAUUACACAGCCUCACAAUUCUCAAUGUAAAGAAAUUUUUCUUGUACUCUUAAGUGUCUAGUGUUUAAUCUUGCAUCUGUGACCUCUUCUUGCUAGAUCCUUUGACUACCGGAAACAAAUCAGCCUGAAUCUACGCUUCCUCCAUUAUUUCACUGUUUUAAAUCUGUCCCACUCUGUGCAACCUUCUCUAGGCCUGCAGUCUCUGACCUGCCAACUCUGAUUGCCUAUGGGUACCCGAAACCAUUGGUCCACCAUGAUAGGUGAUAGGAAGGCAAAUGGAAGGCAGCAGCCUGGCGAGCGUUGCUUAUUCAGAAUCUGUGGCCAGCGGCGAUGACUUGAGAAUUAUGGGUAACUUUGCCUCCCCCCUGCCGUCAGGGGUGGCGUAUCGGAUGGUGUCUACGCGCUCCCCCACUUGUGCCCGCUGUCGCAAUCACGGAAUCACCGUGCCUCUGAAGGGUCAUAAGAAGAGUUGUCAGUGGCAGACCUGCCAGUGUGACAAAUGCAUCCUCAUCUUGGAGCGCCGUCGUGUCAUGGCAGCACAGGUAGCUCUCCGUCGGCAACAGGAGGCUGAACUGAAGAAAAGACUGGCCAAGGGGCUGCUCAAAUUUGGUGAGGCUGCAGGGAGGAAGCUGGGCGGGGCCAUACAACAGCCACUCGUCAGUAAAACCAAGGUGAAGACUGAAGUUCAGCUUUCAGAUUUCAGAGCAGCAGAUGUGAUGAAGUGUUUCGCCAUCCAGCAGACGCCAGGAGUCGUUGUCAAGCAGGAAAUGCAGCCACCACGUAGGAUCCCAGAGCAGCAUGCCACCCUUCCACCAACGCUAGUCACCUGUACAUCUUGUCCUGACAUAGGCACCCCGACCCUGCACAGUGUCUCUCCGCCGGCUGUCAUCCACGGUUACCCCAGCCACCAUGCCCUGCUCUGCCAGGUGUUCCCUCAGUACAGCCCGCAUCUACUGGAGACUGUACUAGAGCGUUGCCAUGGAGAUGUGGUCCUGGCCAUAGAAAGUGUCGUGUCACCACGACAGUGCCAGCGCGAUGUCAUAGUGCAGCCACCGAACUCCGCUCGGGCAUUGCAGCAAGAGCACAGCGCCCCUUACUGGUAUCCGAAUCCCCACAUCACGUCGUUGCACUUCACCAACCAGGUCAGGUUGCCACUGUCAGCCUCCUCACCCAGACUGACUCCUUCAUCUCCUCAUGUUGAGCCCAGGCCACCGGUCCCCUACAUCUGUGGGAUGGCGAGGCCCAGUGUCUCUGCAAGUGAGUCUUCGUCUGUGCCACAGCCUCCAGCAUCCCAGGCAAACAGCUCCGGUCAGACCGAGUGCACGCCUGUCAGAGCUGGAACAGCGUACCAGACUCCCACACGAAGAGGGAAGGCACUCUGUGCUCCCAGGAGGCUCUCCUUUGUCUCACUCCUGUCCGAGGAGCAGCUGCAUAAAGAAGCUGCUGAGGCUCUGAUGGUGCUGAGCUAUUCCCCGACUCCGUCCUCCGGUCAAGCUCCGUCCUCCAGCCCGCGCCGCAAAGCUGGCCCCCUGCCCCAGCUGCCCACCACCAGCCAGGCACCCAGCUCCCCCUCGGCGUCCUGGGCCUCGCCCACCACCAUCAGCGACGGGGAUCAGGGUUGGUCCGUGGCUCCCCCCGUGGUCUCCCUGGGUGGUGCUGAGAUGUCUCAUGAGGAGGGAGCAGAGAGAAGGCUGCAGGCUGACCUGACUGAGAGCUGCAACGCGAACGGUUCAAGUGAACAAGCUGAGACGUUUGACCACCUGGAAUCAGGGAAGAAAUUCCAAGUGCUAAAAGAUGUCUGCUCCUUCACGCUGCGCGGCACUGUGCUCAGUCCCAUGCCCCCUCGUCAUUGCCUGCCCAACUUCUCUUCCUCUGUCUCUCUCAACAUUGGCCAGCUGGGGUCCAUGUCAUUGCCUCCAGCUCCCCGGCACUGAGGCCUUGUCCCAGCUAAGCAAGCUGCAUGCUGCCUUUGUCUUUCCCCUCCGCCUUACCCGCAACCCCCGCCUCUCCUCCCUCCUCCCCAUCUACUCACUCACACUCUCCUUCUUCUCACUCUGAUUCCCUUCCCCCCUCACUCCCUCUCUCUUUCUCUGUCUAUCCUGUCUCAUUUUCUCUUCCCCUCUGCUCCACUGCAGCUCACUCGCUCCACCCCUGUCGUGCUCUUAAUCCCACUCCCUCCCUCUCCCAAUCCUCCUGCCUUUCCCAACCUUGAACCGUAUGUUUUCCAGUUUGUUACACUUACAUCACAACGUUAUAAACCUUUUGAGAUUGAGGGAUUCCUUCUGUGCUGGGAGGGUGAGAGUGUUAGGUUUGCACAGAUGGUAUUACAUUUACAGGAAAAUGAUGCACUGCACACAGCUGUUAGUAAGGAAUGUGCAAUGGGCAGGAUGGCUAGGAGUGUUUAUAUAUAUAUAUAUAUAUAUAUCCAUAUAUAUCAGAUACAUAAAGCUAAAAUAAGCUUUAAUAUCAUUUUAGCAGUGACUUUUGGUGGCUUGGGCCAUGAAACAGCUUUCUUAAAAAAAGUUAAACCCACUAAACUUCAGUUGUUGGUAUUGAUGUCAGCAAUGUUGGUAAAUAGUGACUGCAACAUGGAGUGGGCAUUUUUAAAAUUUGUCUGCCCUGUCCCUGUCUGUCUGUCUGUCUGUCUGUCUGUCUGUCUGUCUGUCUGUCUCUCUCUCUCUGAAGUUGUAUUCAUCUCCGUGUCUCUGUUUCUCUGAUAUCCUUGUUAUUUUUAAAAAUGAAGAAGCCAAACUGGGGGAAUUCUUUGACCAAAAGUCGAGCAGCACCUCUACAAGAAUAGAUAACAAUCUGACUCUCAUCAAAACUGCUUCUCCUCUAUUCUAACAGCAUUCUGUCCAUCCCUCCCCCUCUCUGUUAAUGUCUUUUUUUCCCUGUAUAGAUCUCUGCGUCUCUCUUUCUCUCUCUCUCUCUCUUUCUGUUUCAACAUAGGUGACUGUUCCUGUUUCUCCCUCACUGAUAAAGACAGAGAUUAUUUUCAUCUCUCUGUCUAUCUUAGUGUCUAUGCCUGUUCCUAUAUGCCUGGCUGUCUCUGUCUUCCUGUCAGAGUGUGUGUAUUCCACAUUUCUCUCUCCCCCUCUCUCUCUGUAUGUGUAUGUUUAUUUAUAUUUCACUGUGUGUCAGUGUAUCAUUGUUCAUAUUUCUCUCUGCCUCUCCCUGUCAGUGUAUGUGACUCUGUGUCCCUGUUUCCCCCUAUCAGUGUAUCUGUCAGUUCAUGUGUCUCUGUCUUCUCGGUCAGUGUAUGUGUUUGUUCAUGUGUUUCUGAUCUCCCUGUUAGUAUAUGUGCCUGUUCCUGUGUCUCUCUGUCUCUGUCUAUCCCCAUCAGUGUAUGUGCCUGUGUGUGUCUCUCUGUUACUCUCUCUAUCCCUGUAGGUAUGUGUCUAUUUCUGUGUCUCACUCUGCCUGUCAGUGUAUGUGUCUUUUCAGCCUGUCUGUGUCUCUGUCUGUCCCUGUCAGUGUAUGUGUCUGUCUCUCUGUCAGUAUGUAUGUCUAUUCCUGUCUCCCCCGCCUCUGUAUCUCCCUAUCAGUAUCUGUUUUUUGACAUUUUCACGCUCCCCUAACAAGGUGAUAGCUCUGGUUGAACAUUGACCAAGAGAUGCUGUCGAAUGGCUUUUAAGUUGACUCAUGUUGUGAUGAAAAUUGAAACUAGGCCCUUGAUCCCUCACCGUACCUGUCAGGAAGCGCAGUUACUGUUCUUCCCAUUCACUGUUCUGACACAUUGUUUUUUUUGCCCAAGACAAGGAGCCAACUUGGGUGAGCUAAUAUGUGCUCUUGCUGCCUUCCUUUUUGUACUUGUAAAUGAGUGAUGAGGGGAACACAUUUUCAGUACCUGCAAAUGCUGGGGUUCUUAGAGGACGGGGAGGGGAGCUCACUGUCUCUUGUUCUUGCUCCCCUCUCUCUGAGUCAGAAGGUCUUGAAUCCCCCCUCCAAAGACUUCAGCCUAUAAAUCAGUCCAACACAUAGGGCAGGGGUGUUUGAGGAGGGUUCUGCCCAGAUCCCUGGAGCCACAUUAACAUCACUGAAAGCACAAAUUAUUGUUCACACAUUACCGUUUGUGGAAUCUUGCUGCUUCCACAUUCCCUUUAUUACAGCAGUGACCUUAUUUCUUCAAAGAAAUGUGCAUUGCAUAGGUUGUAAAGCACUUUGAGACAUCCUGAGAUUGUGAAAAGAAGGCACAAUAUUAAUGGCAAAUUUCUUUAAUUGAUCUAUCAAUUCUGUUGCACUGAGGCCAGUCCCUUCCAUCUGCUCCCACUGCAGUUAGCCAAUUCAAUGCCGACAGAAUAAUAGGCUUGGCUCAUUUCUCAUUCGGACUGUGUUCAGCUGCUCACUGGUUUAGACAUUUGCAGUGUUAUGUGUGCAAAGGGAAAUGUUCUUAACAUGACCUUCAGUCUGCUACUAAAGUAUGCCCUUCGGCAGAGAUCCAAAAUGUCGCCUCUUCCACUCACUCCAACUCCUUCCCCCCCUUCCUCUCACCUCCUCUCCCUUCCCUCUCACCUCUUCACCCUCACUCCUUCCCCCACCUUCCUCUCACCUCCUCUCCCUUCUCUCUCGCCUCUUCCCCUCACUCCUUCCAUUAACCCCUGCCCAUCAGUUCAUAACCGUCUGUUCUCUGUUUUUCUUAAGUUCCUGCAAGAGGGACUUAAGCAGUGGACAGAAUCACAUAAUGAUUACAGGGCUGUAUUUUAUUAAUGUCUGUCCAUUUUUGUGUGUUAGCAGGAUGGUGUUAGCAUGUAAGCACGUGUGUAGAGUUUGCCUGUGUUGGUCUGUGUGAAUAUAAGUAUAUGCUUGUCUAUGUCGACAUGUGUACAAAUGCUGCUUCUGUGUGGAUUAGUGUGUUUGUAUAAGCACGUGUUUCUGUAUCAGUGUGUUUGAAUCUGAUAACACCUAUUUGUCUGUUGCAUGCAUGUUCCAGUGUCUGAAUGUUUUUGUAGGUGUCCACUGUUUGUGUCUUAAAGUCCAUGCGACUGUUUUUAUAUGUCUCUUAGUAUGUGUGUGCCUGUGUUUCAGCGUGCACAUGUACGUGUGUGUAUGCAUGGUGAGUGUGUGUUUGUGUAGGUCCUUUUUCAUACACGUGUGUUGGCAGGUAUGAGCUUGUAUAUGUGUGUUUGUUAUGUAUGGGUUUUCCUCUAUGCUUGUAUAUGCAGAAAUACAUGCGUGUCUGUGUGCAUGUGUUACCUGUUGGUCUGUCUCUCUUGUAUAAGUGUGUCUAAGCAUACACAGCAGCACUCUUAAUGCUGAGGAGAUGCACAGAAUGGUUGAGGAUUGGGAAAUUACAAGUGACAGGGCUGUAGCUUUCGGUGAGCUUUGCUCCCUUUUGGACAAGACUUCCAUGUCUUCCCAAUUCCUGACUUCACCUUUACAUUUAUAGGGAGCCUUUUACGCAGUAAACUGUCCCAAGAUGCUUUCACAGGAACACUCAUUGACACAGAUUCGAGGUAAUUUUGAAGACAUGACAGGAGACCUGGUUGAGGAGUUAGGUUUUGAAGGAGGAGAGCGAGCUGGAAAGGCUGAGAGGGAAACUCCAGGGCUUUGAUCCCCGUCAAAUUUAAGCUGUUCCAACUCCUGCCCAGACUUCCCCCACUGAAUCAGCUGAGCAUAACUUAAAUCUAAAUUAUUAAAUUAUAAAUGUUUAAAUAUUUAACUUCAAAUUGUGUUUCUUUCUGAUGUUUGUUACAAGGUGUGAUAGUUUUUUUGUGUAUUUAAACGAUUGUUAUUGUGGAACUUCCAGGAAAAUGUUUGUUUGCCUUCCAGCACUUGAAAAAAUGUUUUUGAAUGUACAAACCCUUCAAAUGUGAUAAUGCUAAAUAAAUCAACAUAGUUGUGA